AUGUACCUAGUAAGAGGAUCGGACGUAUCAAAAGAUCCUAUAACCAAAAAUCAUUCAAAAACAAAGCGAUCAUCCCAAUUAACCUCAACUCGAUUCAAAUCCAUUCCCGCCUACGAAGAAUCUCCUGACAAUGAAAAUACUCUAGUACAUCCCUGGUAUCCUAAUGCUGACGCUAAGCAGCUCAAGAUGGCGGAUAGUCUUGACGAUGAUUACCAACAUAAUUUAGACCCAUCGGUUGGUAUGGCGAAAAUGAAACGGGAUUACCAGCUGUACCCGUUAGCGAAAGAACUUUACGUUCUGCGCGAUUCGGAUUCCGAAGACCGGCAACCGGUGUCACGUGAUACCAAAAAUCGUCACAGUGAUAGUAUGAGUCCUACAUCAGCGAUACUCGGCUUCAAAGCCCAUUUACAUCAUGACGUACGCGAUAUUGGUAAGUCAUUUGUUCACAGACCGAUUAAAAAAGAUCGAUUGUCAACGUCUAUUGAUUUAGAGAAUGAAGAAUAUCAGAAUUCACUUCAAUUAUUAGAUAGUGAUCCAGAUGACCAACGUGCGGAGAUAAAUCGGAUCCCACGACCACGUUAUCUAGAGAAUGACAACGACCGAUUCAUUGAACGUGUGCCCAAUUUGGCUCGAAGGCAGUACACGGAUUUGGGUUACGAUGAAAAUUAUGUGGACAAAGACCAAGAUAAAUUGGAACGGUAUCAGUUGGGACUAAAUCGUAGACCGUUUGAUCAGUACGACAAAUCAUUGCGAAGAUAUCUAAAUACUGAUGAUCGGGUUGAUCAUUUGGAUUAUUUGGAUAAAUAUUCACGAGCAAUAGAUCGGUUGGGUCGUGAUUCCUUACUUUUGGAUAACGAUUUGCUAGUUGGUGUUCCGAAGAUUGUGAAUAAUAAUGGCAGUCCUUUGGAAGAAGGACCAAAAGAUGGGGAAGUUAAAACGAAAUCAUUGGCGAUGGCGAUCGAGCCACUCAAUGGGCAACUUCAGCAGCUGGUGGAAUCGGUCCAACAGAUAAACGAGCAGCUGAAAGAACAAGAGAAGCGUGAGACGAAGGACAAGGAAUCCAGGAAGAAACGUCAGGUCCCAAAGGACGAUGAUUGCGAUGAAGACUAUCUGAGUCACGAAGUCGCGGAAACGAGUCUGCAUCCAAUCGAACAGUCGGUAACCUGCACUUGCUAUCGUCUUGAAGACACAACAGUGCCCAGUAUUCCUACCCAACCUACUGAGGGGCAACUGGAUGCCAUUUUAGGAGGAAUAAAUACGAUGCUGCCUCUAACUACUGAUGUUCUGCCCAGCAGCACUCCAACGCCAUGUCCACCAAUCGGAGAACUGGAAUCUGAUAAAGUUGAAGUUGAACAAGUCACUGAACCCAAUGGUAGAGCCAAUUGUCCUUACAGAUUUUUGCGUACCAAUUCCAUCAAGUUGUUGGAAAUGUUGUUGCCUGCUGAAGUGAUUCAAAAUAUUACAGCAAAUGGAAUUGUUAUCAAGGUACCAACUCGUAAGCAGAGACUAGUGACUUUGGAAGUUGGUGACAAAGACAGGAUACGUGGUACCAGUUCAUUGAAAAGAAAGAAAAGCAGGAUCAGGAAUAUUGACAACAGCCGGUUGAGUAUCAGACUGCGAUUGCCUGGAGUAGAGCGCGUUGAUGUGAAAAAUUCGAAUGUCAAGCGCAAGGCUGAUGAAGAAAAGAGGAAUAUUGAUAAAGAAUUGUUGAAUGCUUACUUAGAAAUGCUGGAUAAUGAAGAAGAAGGCGAACAGAUGAAAGAGUACGAUGAGGAAACUGGUCGGAUUAAGAGGAAAAGAUCAAUUGCUGCUAAAGUUCGUCCGCCGAAGGUUGUGACAAAAUCUGAGCUUAGUGGCAAUAAGCAAAAGGCUUCAGGUGCCAAAGGAAAGGAGAGCAAAGCGAAAAAAGUUCAGAAAAAAGGAAUCAAAGUUGGAAGACGUCUAAUGUCAGUUGAAGACGACAAAAAUGAAGAUAAGACUAAGAAAAUUGACAAGAAGACUGAGAAAGUUGACAAGAAGACUGAAAAAGUUGAAAAGAAGACUGAGAAAGCUGAAAAGAAGACUGAGAAAGUUGAAAAGAAGACUGAGAAAAUUGAAAAGAAGGGCCAAAUUCCACAAGGCUUAGCUUCUUUGAAGGUAAAAGAAGUAACGAUACCUGAUCCUUUUGAGCUAUUACGGGAAUAUGAAGCUAAACUAAAAAAUAAAACGGAUAAAGGUAAAGUAUCUGCAGCUAAAGGACGCUUGGGAGUAGAGAAGCUCCCUGGUCCUCAUGAAAUGGCUCAGCUGGCUAAAGAACAGAAAGAAAAGCAGGGGACAGCGAGUACUCAAUGGACUACUGUCACUAUUCCGGAUCCUUUUGUACUGUUGAAAGAACUUGAAGAUAAAGAAAAAUUGAAGCCAAAAGUUAAAUCUAAAAGUAAAGAUGUUAAAAGUAUAUUCGGAAAUGUAAAGAUUUCUAGUCCUUUCGCGAUUGCAAAAGCGGUUAAGGAACGGAAUGAAUUGCUGAAGGCAAGUACUAAAAAACCGAAACGUAGCUUACGUUACAAAAGAUUUGGGAAAAAUGAUGGGACAGAUUAUUUACUGGAUCUGACGCAAUCUGGAGAUGUUAAUCUGGGAGACUUCAACCUACCAGGAAUCCCAGCAGUUUCUAGUUUUAUUGAAGAACCAUCAACAGAAUCAUAUCUGGAGUACACGUUGCCAGACUUGGAAUCUGUGAAUAAAGAUUCUGAAGUAGGAAAUUUUGAUUCUGCAAAUUUAUAUCUCGAUUCAUCAACCCAAAUGUUCAUUCCAUCAAUUCCUCUGGAUAUGCCUACGGCUUCUAUGUCAACUGUCUACUCCAAUUCUCAGCUGAGACCGGAUAUUAGAAAACCGCGUUUGAAAGCAGCUGUAUUGAAACACGAAGCCAUUGACGCUGAAAAAAUUGAUGAAAUACGGGAAGCUACUGAAAGUUCGCCAGAAGCCCUGAAAACUAAUCCCGCUGUUUUUGAAACAGAGACCUCUAUUCUGCUAGAAUUAGAAAUUGGGUUAAUGACUGCAGCUGCGACUACUCCAACUCCAGUAAAUACUUCUAGUACUACUGAAUCCAUUAAUUUAGCAACAUCAACAUCAACAUCAACAGAAACAACAACUACUGUUCAAUCAAGUAGCACAGAAACUAGUCCCAGUACUCCAGUGACUAAUGGAACGAGUUCAUUGACUACGCAACCGUCUACCAGUUCAAAUAGUGAAGUCGCUGGAACAAAUGAUACGUUCGUUGAAUCAACGCAGUCGGUUAAUGAUACAUUAGAAUUUAUAUUAUGUAUGUCAGCAACUGAACCGUCUACUACAGAAUCGUCAACAGUAGUGACAACUGAAUCGACAACAUUAAAUGGAACAUCAACAUCUGAACCAUCAACAACAAUCAAUCAAACAUCAACAACAGAAUUCUCAACACCAAUCAGUACAACAUCAACAACAGAAUUAUCAACAACAAUGAAUUUAACAUCAACAACAGAAUUGUCAUCAACAACUAAUUCGACAUCAACAACAGAGUUGUCAACAGAAAUCAAUCAAACAUCAACAAUAGAAUUGUCAACAGCAAUGAAUUCAACAUCAACAACAGAAUUGUCAACAGAAAUCAAUCAAACAUCAACAAUAGAACUGUCAACAGCAAUGAAUUCAACAUCACCAACAGAAUCGUCAACAGCAAUGAAUUCAACAUUAACAACAGAAUUGUCAACAGCAAUGAAUACAACAUCAACAACAAUCAGUACAACACCAACAGCAAGCAGUACAACAUCAACAGCAUUAAAUCUAACUGAAUCAACUACUGCAAAUACUACGAUGGAAUUGAUUUCUAAUGCAACUACAGUUGAAUCAACAACAAUGCCUGAAGCUAAUGAUACUACCGAAGACUUUAUUAUGUGUAUGUCAGAAUCAGAGCCGACUGAAGUAACAACUGAAACUUCUGAGAGUACUGCAAUAACUUCGACAACGGAAUCAGUGAAUUCAACUAUUGAGACAACUGUUACGAGUACAGAAAUAACUUCGACGACGGGAUCAGUGAAUUCAACUAUUGAGACAAAUGUUACGAGUGCAGAAGCGACAACGAAAAAUAAAUGUGGCCUUACAAAAGAAGAGUUUAUGCGUCAGCGUGAUCAACUGGAGGCUAUUAUCAAAGAUCUUCUUAAUAAGGAACAUAAACUGGAAGCGGAAGAAGAUAAUGCGCUUAAACUUAUGCGUACGUGGCAAGAACAAAAAGAACGUUGUGGAUUCUUUUGGGACAUACUCUUCCCGAGACCACCAAGACCGACCAAAAGACCGCCAAGGCCGACAAAGGGACCGACGAAAAGGCCCACAACAAGGCCACCGACAACUACUCUCAGGACAACCACUACUUCAACUACGGUCAGCCCUACGUCUGAGGCUUUUGUAACUUCUGGGUCAACAGAAAUGAAUACUACGGAAUCUCAGUCAACAUCUCAGUCUACAACUGAAGCUGUUAACGUAACAGAAACUUUGUUUUCAUCAACUGGAGUCGAGGUCACCAAUAUUACAGAGUCUGAAACCACACUAUCGACUUCUGAAGAAGCUUUAAAAACUACUGAGACUUCUGGAAUUGAAACAAGUGCUACGAUGUCAGUUUCUUCUACUGAAAAAACUACUGUGACUGAAACUACUUUUUCAUCUACUACAGGAGAAGUUACAAAUACUACAGAGUUUGAAACAACAUUACCGACUUCUGAAGAAGCUUUAAAAACUACUGAGACUUCUGAAAAUGAAACAAGUGCAACAAUGUCAGUUUCGUCUGCUGAAAAAACUACUGCGACUGAAACUACUUUUCCAUCAACUACAAAAGAAGUUGCAAAUGUUACAGAGUCUGAAACAAUACAAUCAACUACUAUAAACAGUACAUCAAGUACUUAUGAAUCCAAAUCAUCUCCAGAAACUACUGAAGAAGUUUUGAACACAACUCUGACUUCAACAACUUCAUUUACUACAGGAAGUGGUACUGAAAUGACAUCAGCUACAUCUAAUAUUACAGAAGAAAUAUCUUCAACAACUCCGUGUAUUGACUUUGAGGAAUCUACUUUACCAUCUUCGACUUCAAAAGAAUCAACAUCAGCAAUGCCAUCUUCGAGUACAGAACCCUCAGCUUCAGCUUCAGUAUCAAGUAAUUCAACUGCAACAGAAACAACAACGACAAUAGAAACCACCAACGUAACAGAGUCAUCGUCUUUACCGACGGUAAAAACUCCACCCGUCACUUCUUCCACGGCAAAAGAAACUGGUACGACAGAGAUUCCCUCAACAUCAUCCACUGAAGAACCAUCAACAAUAACGGAGACUUUUUUAUCAUCGACCACCACCAACGGAAGUACUGCAUCUGUAGAAGAAUCACAAAAUUUAACAGAAACAACUGAAACGAUUACUACAGAGACUUCGCUGGUGUCUAAUACUGAAAGUGAACCAAAUGCAACUGAGUCUGUAUCUUGGUCAACGCUAUCAUGGAUUUCAAAUAUCACUGAGUCUAUUUGGUCUUCUUUAUCAACUGAGAUAUUCAGUUCUACUUCGACUACGCCGUUAAUAGAAACGUUAGGGUGGUUAACUACCCCGACGUUACCUGUGACAAAAAAUGCUACGGAGUCAACACUUUCUACUGAAGAAGGAGCAACACAAACUGAAAGUCAUGCAACAGUAACUUCUUCAAUAUUUACAGAGAAUAUUACUUCAGCACUUACAGAGAAUAUGACUUUAGCAACUACAGAAUCAGAAAGAAUAUCUUCAACUUCAGUUGUAAAUGAAACAGCAAGUUCGACCAUGGAAACAGUUUCUAUAACAGAAUCAUCUGAAGUAUCGAAAGUAUCAACUCAAACAACAAGUGUCUCUGAAAGUUCAACUGAAGUGUUGAUAAAUUCAACGAGUGUAAUAGCGAGCUCUCCAAAACCAGAAACAACUGAGGUGACAGAAGAAUCAACUCAAGCAGCUACAACGGUUACCGAAAUUGUUGCUAGUUCAAUGAGCUCAGUAACUAGUUCUCUGGGAUUAGAAACGAGCAAAGCCUCGGAAGUAUCGACUCAAACAGCUACAGGUACUUCUGGAAGUUCCACUGGAGUUUCUACAAGCUCACCGAGAGUAAUAACUAGUUUGUCGACAUCAGAGACAACUGGAGCGUCAGAAGAAACGACUCAAACAGCUACAACGUUAACUGAAAGGAUCGUAAGUUCCUUGAGCUCAGUGACUAGUUCUCCAGGACUAAACACAACUGAAGUACCGGAAGUAUCGACUCAAACAACUACAGGAGCGUCUGAAAGUUCCACUGGAGUUUCUACAAGCUCACCAAGAGUAAUAACUAGUUUGUCGACAUCAGAAUCAUCUGGAACGUCAGAAGAAACGACUCAAACAGCUACAACGUUAACUGAAAGGAUCGUAAGUUCCUUGAACUCAGUGACUAGUUCUCCAGGACUAAACACAACUGAAGUACCGGAAGUAUCGACUCAAACAACUACAGGAGCGUCUGAAAGUUCCACUGGAGUUUCUACAAGCUCACCGAGAGUAAUAACUAGUUUGUCGACUUCAGAGACAACUGGAGCGUCAGAAGAAACGACUCAAACAGCUACAACGUUAACUGAAGGGAUCGUAAGUUCCAUGAGCUCAGUGACUAGUUCUCCAGGACUAAACACAACUGAAGUACCGGAAGUAUCGACUCAAACAACUACAGGAGCGUCUGAAAGUUCCACUGGAGUUUCCACAAGCUCACCGAGAGUAAUAACUAGUUCGUUGACAUCAGAAUCAACUGGAACGUCGGAAAAAACGACUCAAACAGCUACAACGGUUACUGAAGGAAUCAUAAGUUCAAUGAGCUCAGCGACUAGUUCUUCAGGAUUAGAAACGAGUGAAGCUCCAGUAGUAUCGACUAAAACCACUACAGGAGUUCCUGAAAGUUCAUCUGUAGUGUCUACAAGCUCAACUAGUGUAAUGACUAGUUCUUCAAAAACAGAAGCGACUCGAGUAUCUGAAGCAUCAAAUCAAACAGCUACAACGGUUACUGAAGAAAUCAUAAGUUCAAUGAGCUCAGCGACUAGUUCUUCAGGAUUAGAAACGAGUGAAGCUCCAGUAGUAUCGACUAAAACCACUACAGGAGUUCCUGAAAGUUCAUCUGAAGUGACUUCAAGCUCGACGAGUGCAGUGAUUAGUUCUUCAAAAACAGAAGCGACUGAAGUAUCUGAAGCAUCAAAUCAAACAGAUACAACAAUCUCUAAAGUUUCUACAAGUUCAAUGAGCUCUGGGACUAGUUCUCCAGGACUAGCAACAAGUGAAACCUCGCAAGUUUCUACUCAAACCACCAUAGAAGUUCCUGAAAUUACGUCUGAAGUGCCUUCAAGCUCAACCAGUGGAGUAACUAGUUCUUCAGAAUCAGGAACCACUGAAGUACCUGCAGAAUCAACUCAAACAGUUACAACAGCUACUGAAGUAGCUUCAAGCUCAACAAGCAUACUUACUAGUUCUCUGAAGCCGGAAACAACAGCAAUUUCACUAUCUACACCAGAAUCUACAGCUACUUCAAUAGUCACUUCUACACAAGCUGAAUCACUGAAAACUUCGACAGGAACAGAAGAAGCCACAUCUAAAGUUUCAACUGAAGCAUUACCAGAAGCAGUUGAAAGUACUACCAGCAUCAAAAUGUCUUCGAGUUCUGUAUCUAGUAAGUUAACAUCAAAAACUACACUUUUGGUUACGACUGAAUCUAUUUCUUCUACGGCGACGACUCAAGGACUUACGGAAACUUCAAGUAUUGGCUCAACUGAAAAAGAGAGUUCAGUAACGUCUGAAAUCUCAACCAAAAAUCCGAUAGUAAAAACAACUCAGCCUUCAGUGACGGCAAGUCAUUCUUCAACGGAAAGUGAAGCCACAACUUCCAGUCUUUCUAUAUCUAGUACAAAAGUGACUACUGAGUCUUUGACAUCAACAGAAGCUUCUCCAGAAACGACUUUGUCUACUCUUCAAACUACGGAAAAAACAGAAAGUAGUUCACUGCUUCCGACUUCAUCUCAGACUUCCAGUGAAUCUACUAUGACUAGUAUGAAUGCUGCAGAGAUUUCUUCGUCAGAAAUACUCACGAGUCAAUCAACAGUUUUAACGUCAAGUGAAGCAUCUUCCGCUACCCAAUCGAAAACUGAAACCACGCUAACAACAAAGACUACACAGUCUGAGACAACAACAGCUGUCGAGCUUACAACAGCUGAAGCAUCAAAAACUACUAGGCCUACAACAGCUGAAGCAUCAACAGCUUCUGAAACUACAACAGCUGAAGCUUCAACAACUAUUGGGCCUACAACAGUUGAAACGUCAACUACUCGGCCCACAGCACCUGGAGUAUCAACAACUACUGGGCCUACAACAGCUGAAGCAUCAAAAGCUUCUGAAACUACAACAGCUGAAGCUUCAACAACUAUUGGGCCUACAACAGUUGAAACGUCAACUACUCGGCCCACAGCACCUGGAGUAUCAACAACUACUGGGCCUACAACAGCUGAAGCAUCAAAAGCUUCUGAAACUACAACAGCUGAAGCUUCAACAACUAUUGGGCCUACAACAGUUGAAACGUCAACUACUCGGCCCACAGCACCUGGAGUAUCAACAACUACUGGGCCUACAACAGCUGAAGCAUCAACAGCUGUUAAAACUACAACAGCUGAAACAUCAACAACCAUCGGGUCUACAACAGCUGAAACAUUAACAACCAUCGGGUCUACAACAGCUGAAGCACCAACAACAGCUAAACCUACAACAGCUGAAGCAUCAACAACAACUAAACCUACAACAGCCGAAGCAUCAACAACAACUAAACCUACAACAGCUAAAGCUUCAACUACUGCCGAGUCUACAUCAGCUGAAAGUACUGUUCAAACGACUGAGUCAACAAUUAAAACAACAGAGUCUUCACAAGAGUCUUCAACAAGUGAACAAGUGACAGAAUCAACUACAUCUAUUACAGAAACAGAACAGAAAAAAACUAGUCCUUCAUCUACAAUUAAAACUACAAAAUCUUCUACAACAACUAAAGCUACUGGAUCUCCAAUAAUCACUACGACUGCUGAGGCUACGCAAACAAGUGAAUCUUCAACUACAGUUGCUACAACCCAGUCUUCAAAAACAGAAGAAAUCGUAGAAUCGACUUCAACUGCUGAAAAAAUUGAAGCUACUAAGCUAACAACAACUAAAGCCACUGAUAAAACAACAGUAAAAACACCGGGUACAAUACUUUGGAUACCCUCGUCCAUAAUUGUCACUAAUGUUCCUAUGGAUUUCGGAAGCUCCAAAGCAGAAAAGUCAACAUCUUCGGCAUCAGUUGAAAGUACUAAGUCUCCAAUAAUCACUACGACUGCUGAAGCUACGCAAACAAGUGAAUCUUCAACUACAGUUGCGACAACCCAGUCUUCAAAAAUAGAAGAAAUCGUAGAAUCGCCUUCAACUGCUGAAAAAACUGAAGCUACUAAGCUAACAACAACUAAAGCUACUGAUAAAACAACAGUAAAAACACCGGGUACAAUACUUUGGAUACCCUCGUCCAUAAUUGUUACUAAUGUUCCUAUGGAUUUCGGAAGCUCCAAAGCAGAAAAGUCAACAUCUUCGGCAUCAGUUGAAAGUAAUGAGUCUCCAAUAGUUACCCCAACUAUUGAGGCUACAGAAACAACGAAGCCUUCAACUGUGACAACAACUAAAGGUUCUGAAGAAUUUACAACUAAAACGGAGCCGACAUCAACUAAAACAACCCAGUCAACCAUAACAGAAAGAACAACAUCAACAACAGCUGGGUCUCCAACAACAACUAAAAUUACUACGCUUGAAGAAACUGCAGAAUCAGCCUCAACUACUUCUGAAAAAACAGAACAGACAAAAACUAGUUCUCCAACCUCAACAACAGAAAUUACUGAAGCAAGUACUCAUUCUUCUACAUUAUCAGAAAUCACUACCGAACUUUCAUCAACAAUAGCAUCUAUAACAUCCCCGAUAACGACUCAAUCAUCAACAGUUGAACAAACAUCAACUAGUCCAACUACUAGUACAUCGGAAUCAGCAACAUCUACAACUGUUUCAGUAACACAUCCCAAGCAAUCUAGUUCUACAGUUGCAUCCGUCUCAGAAUCUACAACUACGAAACAUUUAACGUCAACUGUUGCUCAAAGUACUUCAGAAGCUACAGAACCCACAUCUUCUUCUUCUGAAAAAUCGGAAGAAACAGUAACCGCCUCCGAAACGUCGACAGGAAAGUUGACUACUACGGAAUCUACAUCGUCAACUGUGUUAUCGACUGAAACAUCCACAGUCUCAAGUACGCCUUUAACUUCCAUGUCAACGAGUAGUUCAACUCCAGCAGCAACAACGUCAACAACGGAAACCAGUAAACUAGAGACCACAAUAUCAACUAACAAAGAAUCGACAUCUGUAUCUACUGAAGAAACAAAGCCUACAACUGAGUUAUCAAAUACUACAGUUGCUGAAGAAAUUAAGACAUCAUCGUCAACAUUAUCUUCAACAGAACCAACAGAAUCUACAACAUUGUCUUCAAAAUCUACUGAACCAACAUCAACAACAGAAACAACAUCUACAGAAAAAUCAACAACAUCCAGUACUACAAUUUUAGAAGAAACCGUGACAUCAACUUCCGAAGAAACGAAAACUAAAUCUCCAUUGACUUCAGAGUUGACAAGUUCUACAUUACCAACAACAGAGAAACUGACGACUAUCAAUGCUACUUCUGCGUCAACUUAUUCUGCAACAUCAACACCGUCUGCUGGCACAACGAUAUCGAAUGGAACUUCUAAUGAAAUUUUACAGAUGACCGGAAUUCCAGAAUCGUCAACAAAAUUAAACAAUGAAACUGAAGAUAUACUGGAACAAAAACUCGAGGAACUCGAAAAAGAAGUAAGCGAACGUGAAGAAGAAGUCGGUGAAUUAGAGCAGCUUUUAGAAAACCAAGAAGAAGAGUUUGAGGAAAAAACGCAAGAGCUGGAAAAUUUAAUAAAGGCUUCAACUGAGGGUGAAAAUAAAUAUACACUUUCAGAUAUUGAUUAUUCAGAUGAUUUUAGCACAAGUACUGAGUUCAAUGUACCAGAUAUUGAAGAAGAAACAGAAACUACACAAAUGGGAUCACCUCUAGAAGCAACUUCUGAUUCCAGUGAAGUCCAAAAUUCCGUUAAUCGGUUCGUUUACGACCCCGACGAAGAAGUUUGGCAUGAGAAGCCCGACAUUGUUGACCCUGCGUACAACCAGACUUCAAUGGAAUACGAAGACUGCACGAGUACUACUUUGGAUUCAAAUGUUGAUGACAACACAGAAAGUCCAGUUAUUGCCCGCCUUGAGCGAAAACUUCUAGCUGUUACUUCUCCGAGUUUCACAGAAGACGAGUCAGAACGUUCUGACGUUGAAGAUGAACCAAUCAAAAUAACAGCGCCAUCUUUUGUCCUCAAAGAGAACGAGUGGGUCGAUCAAGACAACACACAAUCCGAGGCAGUGUCACCCCUAGAGUUUCGUGGUUACACUCGAGUCUAUCAGCGCUGGCACAAGGUUCCUCUAAAAAUGUUAACUCCCCGUGACCACGUGACCCAGCAAGAGUACCAGCAAAUGAAUGAAACCAUCAGCGACCUUGAACAUCCUACGACUGAUAAACUGGAAACUGGAUCAACUGAACAGGCGGUUGAUAACGAAACAGUGACUGAUAGUCCUAGAAGAAAGCGGAAUGAUGAUUAUUAUGGUGAUUGCGAUGAUGAUGAUGAUGAUAACGAUGACGAAGAUGAUAACCAGUCUGAAGAAAUGAUCACUGAAAGAACAAAGAAGUCUCGAAACCAUGACUCUAACAUCAGACUCAAGAAGGCAGAGAUCGCUAUGCUGGAAAAUGAAAAUGAGGAAUUGAUCAAAAAAGAAAAUAUGUUGAAACAAAUUGAAGAGGCCUUACAAAUAUCGAAGCAUGAAUUACGUCGUGUUAAGUCAUCUAUCUUACAUAACAAAUUGUUGAAACGAUCAAAGCGGGAUCUAGAUCUUAAUGAAACAUCAAAUACUUCCACUACUUCUGGGACUCCUAGAACUUCUUGCACUUGUGGGAUUUCUGGAUCUUCAACUUCGAUUCCACUAUCAACUGGAACGGAUAAGACAGAAACAACUCCAUGUUCAAAUGGUACAGAAAAAAAUUACGUGAGUCGCAAAUCCAGUUACACUGUCCACGUGAUUGAUCUCGAAUACGACGACGAGUUAGAAGGUAAUAGAAUAAAACUAGUGACUCCGAGUAAAGAAGAUUGGGUAGUCGACGAAGGUCUAGAAGAAGAAACAACUACUCCAAGUACCACCGAAUCCACCACUGAAACUACGGAGGAGUCAACUGUAACUGUGACGACAUGUCCACCUUGCGGGCAAACGGGUUCAAUUCCUUGGCCUACUGAAGCCUCUGAUAAUUAUCACCUUGGUGGUACUCAGUCGUGGCGCAAAGAAGUGGCUGACCCGUGCAAUGUCGAUGUUCCAGUAAAGAAAAUCAUAAAACCCAAAUUCCAGCACCGGAAUGACAGGUUUGCGGAUAUUUUCCAAAGCAGCCUAGAGCACCAGCUCGAACGGUCAAUCCCAUUGGGCAAGAGAAGCUGGUCAUUUGAUUUCGACUCCGAUGGAUCAAAAGAUCGUGAUUUGAUCAAGAAGACAAUAAAAGAACUAAAUAUUCCGCUUCUGACAACCGAUGCUCCUUCAACAGACGUCAAUCUGAACAGCGAAUCUCGUGUUUCAUUCAACGAUGAUUUGAAAAAAUGCUUGGAAGCCUCCAAGAGCUACCACAGCUCUGGGAAACUGGACUAUAAAUCAAAUGCAAAUGACACCUUGUUUAUUUGGAAAUUAAAGAACCCAAAGAUAAAAAAGGCACAGGAAUUGAUAUCUCCAGCAGAAUUCUAUUGCAUUUACAAAUACGGAUUGUCGCAGGAAGAUCUAGAUAAUUCCGUGCCACGAAGACAUCUUUUGGCGGUUAAGAAUCAUGGUCAGCGACAUGUCAAAGCUUCUAGAUCAACCCAUCAUCAGUCAUCAAAUAAGACAUCAAAAAGCCAGAUAUUAAAACGAGGAGAUAAGUACAUGGCAGAAAAAUCUGUGGGUAAAGAGAAGAAAGGGUCAAGUCAUCUAAAAUCUAAUAAGCGGAGUAUUUUUGACAACAUUAAGAAAGUCUUCAAUCACAUAAUUGGUAACGAUGCAACAACUCCAGCCCCAGUGCGAGUUGUUAAGAAAUCAUUCCGCACAAAAGAAUAUAAGCUCCCUUACAAAACGUAUGACCGUAAACACAAAAGUAAACACUUGAAAAAUAAGCUUCUGUUUCGUAAGUCUGCGAGUAAAAAACAUCGUGGCCAGAAAAAGAAAAAACCUGGGGUUAAACACAGAAAAUAUUGGGUGCCAAUUGAUAAAAAACGCGGUGCUAAGUCCAGGGGAGUCAGACAAUUGAAUUUGAAAGAGUUGGCGCACAAAAUGAAAGACAUUAAGAAAGUUCAUGCUUCAGUACCCAGUGGUAAAGACAGUGGCAAACUAGGAGUUACUGAAAAAAUAGUAAUUUACGUAACCAGAAUCAAGAAUACGCAUAACGACAGCAAAAUUUCGUCAAACUCAAAGCGGUCACGAAAAUCGACGUUUGAUGAUUUGAAUUUUGAAGACCUGUACAGAGAUAAGAAUUUGAAUCGUCUGAUAUCUUAUUUUGCUGAUAAAGUCGUCAAAUCUGUUGAAGGAUCAUCGAGAUCUUUGAGUGAAUUAGACCCGCGGCUGAGAGUUAAAGUCGUCAGAGGCGCACCCGCUUCAAAAGAUGGUUCCUUUGGAUCCUCAAGUGACUCCAAUUCGGAGUUUACUAUUGACCUGUCUGACAUGGACGCCGAUUUUGACGCGGGAAAGUAUCUAAAGCGGUCUAAUAAGAACAGCCUGACUUCCCGAUUGAUCGGAAAAUCCGAACGGAAAAUGAAUUUGGGGAACCAUUUUGCUAAGAAGCGUAAAAAUUGGAUCAACGAAAUAAAAAGAGACGAAAUCGUUCAGAGAUUGAGGAAAAAGUUGCUGAAAGAAUUGGAAAACCGGAUGGAAUCUGAUAAAGGGGAAAAAGAAGGGAAGAAAGAAGACGAUGAAUUUGAUAGCGUGAAUUCUGACGGUUCCGUCGGGCGGAUUGAUAAACUGGGAGAGAAAAUUAAGAUAAUGUACGCAAUGCAUCACAAAAAUAAUCAGCAUAUGAAACCGUACAGGCGUAAAAGAGAAAACGCUGACUCAUUGCUGGAAGGGGUCAAUUUUAAUAACGAGUAUGAUAAGAAACUGAUGAAGGCUUUGGUUGAUCAGAUCUUUGAUGUCCAACGUGGCGUCAAUACUACGCUGCAAAUUAUAAGACGUCGAUUAGCUUCUUCGUCGCCGUCUGAAUCUGCUAAUCGCAGUCAGAAUACAGUUAAUACUCAGUCCCUUCGUGACCGACGAUUGGCUAAGAAGGAGGAUAGAAAUGUGACGAAAAUCGUUAAGAAGAAAACUUCGAAACCGAAGAAGAAAGUCAGUAAAAAAAGUACUGGCAGUAAUAAAAAAUUGAAGUCUAGUUACGAUGUGGGUCAUAUUGAUGAGCUGGGUAACGACAUCAAGCGGAUUUUGAAGCAAGAAGACAGUGGGAAGAGAAAGAAAAGAAAUUUGGAGGCUGGGUUCAAAAAAAGAAAAAUUCUUUCUGUGGAAGCUUACGAUUAUGAAGAAGAAAUUUACCCGGGAAGUACGGAAGAGGUCGAUGGAGAUGCGGAAGUGGAGAUGAAAAUUGAAAAAAAUAAACCUGAAGAGGUUGAAAAGAAACAGAGUAAGAGGAGUAACAUUUUUAGGCGGAAAUUCAAGGGCAAGAAGAAAAAAUUUCGAUCGGUCAAGAGGAAAGUUAAGGAGAUGCGCAAGUGUAAGAACUGUAUUUGCGAUAUAGAGGAAGUGAUACAGGAUUUGAAGAAUAUGGCGAUCGAUAGACACAAUCUGUUGGAUCGGGUGGCAAGUUACGAGUGCAAGAAGUUUGUGAACGUGGGAAAAGAAAUAGUCCUGACGCCAUCUAGAGUUAUUGAGGAGAUUUACCCGGCGAGAAGUGAUCUAGCGCAGGCUAAGGGGCUCAAAUAUAUUCAGCUGAGGGAUCUGGAGAAUGUUUUGCAAGCUGGUGAAGUUGUCGGUCGUGAUCACGAGAUUUUGUCGUUCCCGGGGGUGGAUUUGGUCAUUCCGUGCAACCGAGAAGGCGCUGAAUUUAAUUGGAUGAUUAGUAUCAGUAGGCCUAAUUACACUUGGACCAGGCAAGAUGACACUCCUGUUUCUGGGACGAUCCACAAGAACGGAAACCUUGAGCUCAGUGGCGUGAGUAUCCAAGAUGCUGGAAAUUAUUCAUGUACCCUGACUUACAUCGAUCCAGACAACGAAGAAGUUGUCAAACAUGUUUACAAACACGGUAUCCAAGUCGUAACACUUCCGCGGUACUCAUUGCGCGGUGGGAACCGUUACCGCGUCGAAAAUUGCGAAGACGAGGCUCUGGAUACUCUGGCAACUUAUUUACCACAGAAAUUAAAUAGCAUUUUAUGUCCACACAAACUCUGCGAUACAUUUAUCUUCGCCCCACGUUGUUACGAUCACGAGAUCUCUAUAAAAGUAUUGCUGACUCUUUCUUCCCUGACAAAAGCGGUAUCGGUCGGCUCGAAAUGCGGCCUCCGAUGUCACAAAGCCAUUCAAGACAAAAUUAUUUUACUACUGAGCAAAAACCUCGGCGUAAUUUUAACUAAAAAUAUCGUUUUUAGAUUGUCACAUGGUAGGCGACAAACUUUGGUGCCCGAUUCAAGCCCAAGAUUUCAAAGAAAAAAAGAUUACGUUAGUGAUGAUAAGAAUAAUGAAAUUUUUGAACGCAGUACUGGGGUUGGAUUAUUGGUCGGCUGUCCUGCUGGCUAUGGGCUCAAUACUAUUCAUUGUGUUCCUUGUUUACCGGGUUUCCAUAGCAAAGAUUUAUCACCACAAUGUAAAAGAUGUCCAGUAGGUUCAUAUCAACCAAAUUUAGGAUCAAGAGUUUGUCGAUUAUGUACAAAUCCAUUUAUCGAUGGUUGUUAUGAAAUGUUAUGGACGUCACCAAUAACACUAGGCUCCUUCUCAUUAAUUAUAAUAAUUUUAUCAAUCGGACUGAUACUAUGCAUAACAAUAUCAUGUGUCCGUAAGGAGAGGGAAAGAAAUAAAUGUGUAAUAAUAAAUGCCAGAAAUGAAUCAAGGAGACCGCUAAUUAAUUCGCGGGACAAUAGCACUGAUGAGGAUCGAGUUUGGAAGAGGAAAAAAAGUGAAAAUUAUAAAAUACAUGAGAAAAAUGAACGUCCAUUAGUUUAUGGUGUUGAUGUGAUUCCGGGACGUAAAAACAAUAAAAUUGAUGGAAUUGAAAAAAAUAAAACUCCUGUUUCUUGUACUGACUCAUAUCAUUCUAAUAGCGCCGACUGUCCCGAAUGUAAAAAAUUAAAUAUGCAAAAUCAUUGUUUUAAAAAAGUUCCGAGGCCUCCAGUACCGUAUCCAGAUUUCGAUAGAUAACAGAAAAAUUGAAUAAAAAAAAAUUAUUUGAAUAACUUAAUUACAGAUAUAAUUAAAUGUUUUAAGAAUAAAAUAUUUAUAAGGUCUACUUCUAAGGCAUUUUAUCAUUUUAUGCAGCUUCGGUGAUACCGAGUUCUAUUAUUAUUAUGAUUAUUUAAUAAAUAUACAAUUAUAUACAUAUAAAUAAAUGAGAAGUUAAAUUUAUUUAUAUAAUUUUAAUACAUUCUUAUUUAUUUGGAAAUUUUUAAUUCGAAUA